AUGAUUUUGUUUCGUUUUUUCGUCCACCAUUAUUUUUUUUUUUCUUCGCUGUUCUCCCUGUUUAUUGCUUUUCUUUCUUCGGUUUUAUAUUUUCUUCGUUUUCUUCAUCUUUUUUUUUUCUUCUUCAUUAUCAUUUUUUCUUUUUUUCCAUCUUUUCUUCUGCUUCUCCUUUAUCUUCCUCGUCAUUUUUUCUUUCUUUCUUCUUUUUCAUCUAUUUUCUUAUAUUUUUUAACUUUAUCUUCAUUAUCACCUUUUUAUUUUUUCUUUUCUUUUACUUUUUCUUCCCUAUCUUCAACAACAUCUUUUAUUUUGUUUCCUUUUUUCUUCUACUUUUUUCACUUUUCUCUUCUUUUUUUCUCAUUUUCUUUUAUCUUCUUUUUUUAUUCUUCAUCACCAUCAUCAAUUUUUUCAUUUCUUCUUUAUUUUCUUUGUUGUCUUAAUCUUCCUUUGAUACAUUGUCUUCUUUUUUCUUCUUCUUCUUCUACUACUACUACUACUACUAGGCCUUCUCCUCUUUUGCUUUUUCUUUAUCAUUACUAUCAAUAUCUUAUCAAUCAGUUUCCCCCUCUUUCACGUCAUCAUUACAAUGAAUUAUUUCCUUUAACAACACCAACAUCUGUAUUAUUCCUCAUCCCAUCAAUUCACAAACUCAGAUGA